AUGCCGCCGCCCGCCGACAUCAUCUCCGGACUCCUCUACCCAUUCUCCGCCGACGCCUUACCUUCCCGGUGCGGCCGCUCGGUGGUUUCCGAGUGUGAUUCCGUCUCCCCCUCCGAGAGCCUUGAAAUUCCGACCACCGAUCGGGAGAUUCAGACAGAGAGGAGAAGAGAAGCCAUGGGGCAGAAGGCGAGCCGUGGCCGCACGGAAGCCCACGGUGGAUCGAUUGUUCCGUGCCAACAUGAUGGUGAUUCUCAAGGUAGCAACACAGCAGUUGUUUCCGUUAUUAAGCAAUUAAUGGAGAAGGGCCAUAGCCUGCUUGGAAUAAUAGGUUGCAACACAGCAGGAGGUUCAUUGCCAUACCUUCCGGAGGAAAUAUGGCAUCAUAUACGUUCCCUAAUGCCGAUGCGAGACGCUGCCAGGGCUGCCUGUGUGUCUCGUGCCUUUCUUCACUCCUGGAGAUGCCAUCCCAAUCUCAACUUCGACAUGAGAACAAUGUGCUCGAACAAAAUUUUACUUAGGCGGGCACGGGCCUAUAAUGAUAAUAAAAGAGACAGGACAGAGUAUAACAACAAUAUUGGCAAAGUUCUGUCAAACCACAGACGCGCUGGUGUGAAGACACUCAAGCUUCACUUCCACGGCCCUUUCAAUACCAAAUCUUAUAAUCGUCUCAGUAGUUGGCUUCAAAUUGCUAUUACACCAGUCCUGGAAGAACUUGCCCUUAAUCUGGUGUUAGAGAAUUCAAAGUAUGACUUCCCUUGCUCACUUUUAUCUGACGGGAGUGGAAACACGAUUCGGCAUCUGCACCUUGGUAAUUGUGUCUUACGCCCCACAGUUAACCUUAGUUUGAGAUGCCUGACGGAGCUGCAUCUGCGUAGUGUGCGUGUAACCGGGGAUGAGUUAUGGCGCCUUCUUUCCAAUUCAUUUGCCCUGGAAAUUUUGAUACUCAAAGAAUGUCAAGAUAUAAUUUGCCUCCAGAUACCUUGCCAUAUGCAGCGGUUGAGCUACCUGGAGGUGUCUGAAUGCUGUAGACUUGAACUUAUAGAGAAUAAAGCUCCAAAUAUCUCCAGCUUUGAUUUUAAGGGUGGUGAAAUACAACUCUCGCUUGGAGAGGCGUUGCAAGUGAAGAAGCUCAAGUUGAACCAUUGGUGUGCUAUCAGUUAUGCUAUCGACGAGCUUGCAUCCAGUGUGCCAAAUCUUGAGACUCUCACUUUAUGGUCUUCUCGUGAGGAGAUUGUCAAUGCACCGAUGGUACCAAGCAAAUUCCUCCACCUCAAGGUCUUGAGUAUUUCUGUUCAAAGUUGGAUCCACAUGUGGGAAUAUGAUUUUUUAUCUUUGGUUUCUUUCCUUGAUGCUUCUCCUUCCUUGGAGACUUUUGACUUGUCUGUACCAGUGCCAUCAAGGUAUGACUGGAUUAUUGGAGACCCCUCAACUCUGAGGAAAAUGCCGGAACGCCACCAUGACAAGCUUAAGACUGUGAGGAUCACGGGUUUUUGCUGCCAAAAGAGCUUGGUUGAGCUGACACGCCAUAUUCUAGAGAGUGCACGGUCACUGAAGCGCCUUACAUUAACCACUAUUGAUGAGGAUUACCUGCUCUAUGGCGGCCACAACCGUUUCAGGAAAUGCCCUGCCCUGGACAAGGAGUUUAUCAGGGAGGCGCGCAAGUCUAACAUGGCUGUGAAGACGUACAUUGAGGGGAAAGUUCCCUCUACAGUUCAGUUAGAGAUAGCCGGGCGUGGUGCUGAGAAGUUUGCACUGCAACGGAGUUAUCAGCUGGUUAACAAUAUGGAGUCGUCACGCGGUUCCUCGGCUGCCGCUGCCGUCCUCGUCCUUGUGCUGCUCCUCGUGACCACCGACGUGGUUACAGCUCAGGCUAAGAAAAAGGUGUGCGCAAAGAUGAGUGCCCAGUUCAAGGGGGCUUGCAUCAUUAAAGUGAACUGUGAACAGCAAUGCAAGAAGGAGGGGUUGCCUCGGGGCCAGUGUAUUGGCUUCCGCUGCACAUGCGAGGUGGUUACAUCCCAGGCCUACGGGAGAAAGGUGUGCUCAAAGCCGAGUGGCAAGUUCAAUGAGGUGCUUACAUCCCAGGCCUACGGGAGAAAGGUGUGCUCAAAGCUGAGCGCCCGGUACUGGGGUCCAUGCUUCUUUCAUGUGGACUGCAUACAAGAAUGCAAGAAGGUGGAUGCUGAAUAA